GUGAAAACAGUGAACAUAACUCACAACCUAAUAUGAAAGUGUUUUAAGAGACCGAUAACUUGAAUGAAAAGGAAAAUGGAAGAAUAACGGAUAUUUUUCAUUAAACUGAAUAUGAAAUAUUGGCAAUACAUUUCGAGAUAUUCAAAACAUAACUGGCAUGGCUGCAUUCCCGACAUUCCGAAAUAGAAGAAUACCGAGUCGUUCUAACUAUACUCUUCUUGAAAACACGGAUUCCGACAUAGAUUCUGUCCGGCGGCGGUCGAUUUCUUCACAAAUUGAAAAACAGAGUAUAGCACCCGUACUUUGUGAUAAGUGUUGGUUGAGACAUGAAAGAAAUCGCGCCAGCAAACGCUGUCUAGACUGUAAGCAGAAUCUGUGCACGGUUUGUGCACGUGGCGACGAAAUAACUCGGCCAUGGUGGCUACCGAAUUGGAUGGUGCAGUGCUGGAGGUUUUUAUUUACGAAAGCUUACAUUCCACAUUCAAUAGUUGAUCUAGAUGAGCAGGAAAAUGAAAGGCCCCACUGGGCCCACACUCAGGAGGCAAGCCACGUUCAUCCUAUACCAAGAGUUACACGAUCAAGCCUCCGGUCAAAUAAAAGUGGGUCAUCGGUAGAAACUAACAAGUCCAAGCCUUCAAAAACAAGACACGCGUCACUUACAAAAGACAGAGGCAGAGAAAGGUCUCCAAGAUCUGAAUCAAGGAACCAUAGGCUGGCUCACUCUCAGAGUUUUGACGGAAAGGCAAGGAAAAGGCAAAGUAAUGAACGCAAACCAAGAAGAACCAGGAGCUCCGAAGAACUAGUAUAUAAACAUCGACGAGAUGAUUUGGACAGACUUAAACGAUACAAUGAUAAUUGGGAAAAGAGUUUCAUGAUUGCAGAGGAGGAUGAAGAAAAGAUGAGACAGCGAAAAUGCAGAAACAAAAUGAAAGGGAAAGAUAUAGAUAUUGAAAUAACAGAUGAUAAAGAAAUAAAACUUACUGUUAAUAGUUCUGAAGAAGGUUCAAAAAAUAAAUCAGACAGAAGUUCAAUUAAAUGUGCAAUACCAAAAUCAAAAAGCAAAAAGAAGUCAAAAGAUAAUAGUCCAAAGCCAUAUACGGAGCAAAUAUUUGAAGAAGUACCGAUAUGGUUCAAAAAGUCACCGAAACAUCCAUCGAACGAAAGACCAAAAAGGAACAACAGUUCGCAAGAAAGGAGAAGACCAUUGCAUGAGCAGACAAGGGAGAAAUUAUCAAUGGAAGAAACUCUUGGCACUGGAGAAAGUCUGAACAAUCAUAUGAGACAUGAGAUCAAUAGUGAUAAACAACGGAACGCAUGGCCUCCUCGCGAUUCAUCACAAAAGUUUGACUCAAAAAUGGAUUUCAAUGAAUCAGAUAACAACAAUUCGAAUUCUUAUGCUUUUAAUAGAGACCGACGUUUUAACACCGAUGCAACGCCAACAGGAAAACAAAAUACUGCAUACAUUGUUGAAGAGCCGCCAGAUUCAUGUCCGAUAUGUCUUGAAGAUUUACCUGGGGCUGAGGCAAGGGCGUUAGCUUGCUGCCAUGCUAUACAUACAAAAUGCUUGAUCACAUAUCUAUACAAAAUGGAUCUUGACUUUGGAAUAAGAUGUCCUCUGUGUGCACAAACAACAAUUAUAAGAAAUUAUUAUGUGCCAAAAGAACGAUGGUAUAUGGAAUUACCUGUUUCUACAGCGGUUUGAUUAGAUAAACAAAGGUUUAUAAUAUUUAUAACAAAACUUGGUUAGACAAUACAUGCAUGCUUAUUUUUAGUGCCUUGGCCAAGUAUUGCUUAAUUGAAAAUUAGUCUUAAUGGCAUAUCGAUUAGGUUCUGUAUGUUUUAUUAUAAACGAUUCAAAUUCUUACAGUUUCGACAUUUUCGGAGACACGAUUUCAUAUGUCUACCUCUUCUUUCCUAAGAAGAAAAUGAAGAUUUUAAAAUUGAGAAACCUUUGUUAUUUUUUUCGUUUGUUAUGUACUCGUAUGUGUUACUUGUUAAUGUGUAUUUUAUGAUACAAAUAAUAAAAAAAAAAACAGUUGAUUUAAUGUAAGAAAGUGUAUUCUCAGUAACAAUUUGCCUUUUAAAACGUCUUUGC